CUUGGAGCCCUCCGAAACACGCGGUGCAGGAAGAACAUCGCCACGCUCCUCCGAACCCCACCGGAAGCCGUAAUGCCAGGCACGCAUCUCAUCAUGUGCUCACUCGAUCACCACCGGUGUAGAGCUGGGUGACGAUCACUCUCCCGUGCCUCGCCGCCGCGUCGUCAAGCGAUUAACUUUGACGCCGGAGGGACGCGGCCGGCCAUCGCAGCCCGUUCACGCGUCUCUGCGAAGGUGAGCCGCAGCAAUAUCAGGCGCAUGAUGUCUCGAAUCCCGAAACAAACAGAACCAAGCGAACCGAACCACGCCAAGCCAACUCAGCCUUCUACCUCUGAAGCCCGGCAUGCCGCCCGCGCCCACGUCUGACACAUACGCCCCGGUCGCGCGCCACGAACACGCGCACGCCGGUCGCUUGAUCGGCGCGAUCGCCUUCGGCCUCGUCGUCGGCGCGGGCCUCUUCACGCUCAUCUACUUCCUGCGGCGGUGGCGCCGGCGGUCCCGCGUCCGCAUCGACCACUUCCCGCUCCCGUACGACGCGGACCAAGGAUAUCCGCUCGAAGCCCUCGGCCUGUCCUCGGCCCCCUCCAGUCCCGUGGGCAACAAGUCGCCGCCGGCGCUCUAUCCCUCUCUCUCACAUCCCUCCCUCUCGCUACCGGAUCUGCAGUACUCGGACCUCCGGCUGGAUCCGACCCCAAGCGGGAGUGGAACCAGCGGAGGCGGGGGCGGAAGCGCGAGCGCGAGCGCGAGCGUCGAGCCCCCCUCGCCGUCGACCAAGCGGCCGAGACGAGAGCGCAGGCGGCGCUCGGAAGUCACAGUGCACGCCACGGACGCCGGGCCCGCAGACGCGCCGGGCGUCACCGUACUGCCGCCCAUGUAUGAUCCGAGUUGGUCGCGCGAUUAAGCGGGGAAGGGUGGGCGAGGAGCGCGCAAAUCAUAAUAGUUACCGAGAUCCAUAGUGAGCGCGAGGAGGUCACGAUAACCUGAUGUCGGAAAGGACUGAUGUCAUGUCCAUUGUACCUGAGA